CUUACGAAGGCGCGUUGUCUGAUUUUGCAUUCCUAUCCCAAUGGCUCCUGACAUACCCAACAUUGGCUCCUGGCUUGACGCCUUGAAACAACAUAGCAUAUUUUCUCUUUCAGAAAAAGAACAUGAAGACUGGAAAUACUGGGAAGAUUCCGGCAACGACUUCUCGAACAAAUUGCCUGCGACUAUGGUCAUUCGUGACGGAGAUCUGUUUGUUGCUGUUGGCUCGACAAUAAGAGCUCUCAAUCUUAACCAAUUCAAAAAUCUAUGGGUGAAAUCGAUCCAAGAAGGUGGUCGUUUUGCUGACUGGAUUCAUCAAUUUCCUUACAAGGAACUACAAGCACCAGCAGUAACGUAUAGGAUUAUCUCUUUGCAACUCAACGGGAAUGGACGUCUUUUAUCGGUUGCUGGAGAGCGAGACUUGACAGUAGUCAUCUUACCACGUUCUGGACUUCGAAGCACUCGCCUGGCGCAUGAUGCAGAUGAAGGGGAACAUAUAGAAGAAAUCUCCUGUCGGACGCUGACAGUUGGACGAUACUAUCACGGACGACAUCCAACUAAUCAAAUUUUAAAAGCACUCUGGCAUCCUCUGAGUGAAUCCAAGACUCAUAUUGUUGUCCUGGCCUCUGAUAGCAUACUAAGAAUGUACGAUCUCAGUCAAAACUUAGAAGAGCCAGAACAAGCAUUCGAUUUAUCUCCAGCCACUACCCGGUUUGUUCACAAGUCGAAGAAGAAAUCGUCAUAUUCUGCUGAGGAUGUUGCCGACGAUCGCGAGGAUGCUGUUUCAUUCUGUUUCGGGGAUGCCGAUGAGGCGACAAAUGGUUGGGAAGCUUUCUCGAUCUUCUAUGUUCUUCGAAACGGCCACAUAUAUGUUUUGUGCCCAGUACUUCCUUACAAAAGUGUAGCUAGAAGAAAGCACAUUGAGGUACUGGCGGGACUUGUCAGUGUCAAGUUACAGCAUGCACAAAAACUUGCUCGUGAAGCACAAGGUGGAAGCGACUAUGCGCAAAUCGACCUAUAUCGAAAGCAAGGUAUAUGGGUGAGAGAAGUAUUGACAUCUGCUCACUCUCAUGCCACCCCCAGCACACUGGACUCAAUCUCUGAUGUGAAUCUUCGAUUUAUGGAUCAAGAAUUUGUCACCAUCAUGCAUGAAAAUCAAAGCAAUCUUGGGGAUAUAUAUCGACAAGGCCCAUUUAUUGUUACGCCUCAGUCCCAAGUUCACGAAGAUGUUGACGCUUCUGACAUAGCUUUCCUCAAUACUGACCCUGUUGGCGUUAUCAUUGUCACGUACAAGAAUGGACAAGUGGAUGAACUGAUGCAAGUAGAAAGAACUGAACCAGCCUGGGCCUUGCCUUCAACGGCCUCUAUGGAAACUGAACACAAUGAAGCAUUAAUCACAUACGAUUUGCCACGGGUAUCAUUAUACGAAACCUUGGAUUUGAACAUCAACGGUAAAACUGAAAAUCAAGGUCUGGCAAUUGUUCAGGAUAGUAUGUACGCCGACGUAUAUUACGUCUAUCACAGUGCCGGUGUGCAUGCGGUCACCAUCAGCGGAUGGCUGGAUACGUUGAAGGAGAUCAAGAUUAAACUGGAGAUGGAAGAAACUGAAGACGAUACAGCCCUUCAAAAUUGGCUCACCAAAUCAAUACCUUCAGAAAUCUGCCUCGUGGUUGAUUCAGCACCUUUACAACACCACUCUGUUCCCAUCAUAGGCCUUCUUUCUGUUACCGACGCAUACCUCUCAUAUUCCUUGUUCAUUGUGACAGCUACACAUCGCCUGAUCGGAUUAGAGCUCACAUUGAGACGAACUGCUAUGGGUAGAUCCCAGAGCGCAUUUUCAGCCGCUAUGUCAAAUCAACUUGCCAAUGUCGCAAGUGACACAGAUGUAAAGUACACUCCACUGUUGUCACUGCCGCCUUUCGAGCCACCAAAGUGCCUCAAGAGACAGCAGGGUUUGCCAUCCAAGCCAAGAGUGGUCGUUCCCCCUGAAUAUAGCGGCAAGAAAGAGAUUGUUAUCAAUGAGGACACAAUUAAGUUUCUGGCUGAUAGCGCCGAAGUGUUCAGAGAUGAAAUCCGAGAAAUCAUUAAGGCAGCCACCGAUGUUCGCCACCGUCUCGGCUUGCAGAAGAAUGAACAACAACGACAGCUUAGGCAACUCUCUGAAAUAUUCAACCGUAUCAAUGAAUUAUCACCUCCAGAAGAGAGAGAAAGACGCAUCAAAGCACUUGAAAAGAUCGCCCGUAAAGACAAAAAGCUAGCACUUCGAGCAGAUAGUAUUCUUCAAAAGUUAAUGAACCUACACCAACCAGAACUUUCAACUGCCGAAAAGCGUUGGAUAAAGGAGCUGGAAAUACUUCAAAAACUAGUUGAAGGCGACUCUGGAUUCAGCGGGAGAGCUAAGAAGCUGGAAUACACGAUUAAGCAUCUGAAAGAGAAAAAUGACCAACUGCAAGCCAAAACUUCCUCUGACAUUGCUCAAAUGAAGGACGUCAACCUCACUGGUUCACAACAAGGAGAAAUCAAACAAGCAAUGGAAAAGCAAACGAGUUCACUACAAGAAACAAAGAGUAGAAUCUUAAGCUUGCAAAGCCAAAUUGAUAGUCUUCACCUUUAAGGGAUUAAAAUAGCGAGACAACUUCUGCCUCAUUAUCUCAAGGAAAUGAAGCUCGUCAAAAGGAAUAAACAUCACAUAUUCAUUCAAUGCAAAAACUUAUCGCACUUUCUGGUUCCUGAUAUGCUCAGCAAUCUGCCAAAGAUAUGAU